GGCAAACUACCGUUGUCCCUGGUGAAACGACACUCGGGAACGGAGCAAGUGAAAGAUUAUGCCGUGGUGGUUGUCUAGGAAAAAAGGUUAGUAAUCUCUGAGCCUCUAUAAAUGUAAGGAAGGAACCUUAAGAGAUGUCACCAAAACUCCUAGACUGAUUUCUUGGGUUUAUGUUUUGGUUUCUAGAUGGAUGGGGGUGCAGGACAUCGCGACAAUGACGACGAUGGGAGGAACGACUUUCAAGAACUGGCACGGGUUAUCUGGCAGUCGCAGCGAGAACCCUACCCCAAGAUUGAUAUCCCGUUGUUCGAUGGGAAUCAUGCCUCUUCUUGGGCAGAUAAGUUUGAGCAACUGGGGUAUAGCAACGAAUGGACGGAUGAGAAGAUGCUUCGCAUGGUUAAGAGGUACUGUCAGGUGGAGUACCGAGAUGAGAUCGAUGAGCUGGUGCGAAUCUCCCGUAAUUGGCCAGAUUUUAAGGCGCGGUUGCUGGAGAAGUACCAACUCAGCGAUCGGUUACUGGACCUGCGAGAUUUUAGGGCGGUGGAUCAUAAGAAGUUUGGUACUACCAAACAAUUCUUAUCGGAGUUUGAGAGUGUGGCUCGCCUAAUCCCGGAUUUAUCCGAUAAAGAUCGAUGCCUCAUCUUCCUUGAGAACUUCAACGACGUCGAACAGUCGAAGUUGGUUGAAGGAAUGCAAGGGAGGUAUGAUUGGACUAAGGUCCGACAAAAUGCGCGGGUGGGGAAAUUCGACGAUAUCCUCUACCGGCUGUUGAGGCAACAAAAGGAGGAGCGGAAAAAGGUGAAGCUGGGAGAAGUAAAGGACGGUGAAAUUUACAAAACUUUGACCUGCAUGAGAGAAAUAAUGGAGGGCAUGAAGGAGGAAAGGCUGAAGUUUCAAGUCAUGUUGGCCAAAGAGAAAAAUAGUAAGAGGAAGGGGAAAGAGUCGAUGGUAGAAGAAAGUGACAGUGAGAGCGAGGAGGAAAAGGAGCCGCCUCGUAAGUUGAUAAAGGCGGAGAGGAAGGUCUUAAAUCAAAUUCGAGGUGGACAGGGGACCUCCCGUAAGCAGGGGAAGAAUGACGGACAAAAUAAUCAAGGAGGGAAUGGUGGUGCAGGCGGUGGUUCGUCAGGACAAAAUUCGCAGGAUCAAGGGCAGUUCCAACCACAGGGUGGAAGAGGCCGCGAUCGAGGCCGUGAGAACGGACAGCGAAGCCGUUGGGUGUGGCAGCAGGAAGCCACAUGUAAUUAUUGCGCAGAAAAGGGUCAUAUCAUGCAGUUCUGCCAACUCCUUUCAAGAGAUGAGAAAGAAGGGAUUGUUUUCACCACGAUAUGCGGUGAAGUCUUUGAUUACGAAGGGAACCUGAUCGACCCCAACAUUGAAGGGGGUAUGAGGAAGGAGGCGUUUCGCCGAAUGGGUCGUCCGCUGCCGGCGACGUUCCGAGUUGCUUCACCCGAAGAAGCGCGAUUGGCCGAGGUCGAGGAGGCCAUGGCGUCGUUACAUAUUGGCAACUUGCCGGCGGAACCACAAGGGUUUAGGAAGCAAGUGGUGGAAAGAGCGCGAACCAUCACUAGGCGGCUUGCCCAAUGCCGGGACUCUAUCAUCCGACUUUGCGUGGACAUGGAGGAAGUCUGGCCUGAACUGCCGAAUGUCUUUCUCUUCGGCGAAUGGGGUGAUAAAAGGGAAGAUGCGUCUGGCCAAGCUGGGACGUCUGCUCCAAGAGAAGCAUCGCAAACUGGGCCAAUAGUAAGCACGAUGCGACCCAGGCCUGUGCUAAAGAGGAGUGCUCCGACUGUAGCCAUUCAGACUCGGAUGCGGCGACGAAAUGAGCAGCUUCAAAAGGAAAGAGAGCCUGAAAAGGUGGUGGAAGAAGAGCCCAUCCCCGUUAGUGAGAAUGAUGAGGAUAACGAGGAUGAGAAGUUGCGGGCCGAAGAGGAAGAACGGGCUCGUCGAUAUGCGAUGGAAAGGGAGCCGGAGAAAGGGAAGGACGAAGCAAGCGAGGAAGAGCCGCAAAAGAAGAAGAAUAUUUAUUCGAUCCCCGUGGAGCAGGGGGUCGAUAUCGAGCGACUCGUCGAUAAGAUUCUGGAAAGUCAGCGCGACUUGGUCACGCUGAAGGAAAUUUUGGCGGUAUCGCCGAAGAUUCGGGAAGAGUUUAAACAGCGGAUGACUCGCAAGAGAGUCAUGAUUGUUAAUCUCGGCGAAGUCAUUCCGCCGGAGGCUAACUGGUCCCCGCCUGGGACAAAGAUGGAUUGGCGAAGUGUGUCGACCAGCCAUAUUAACGUCCAGAUUGGACAGCAGGAGUACUCGACACUUGUGGAUGAUGAAGCCGAGAUGAACAUCAUUCGUGAGCGCCAUGCCAUCGAAGCUGGGUUGAAGAUCAACCGAGAUGACUAUGGGUUUUUUGUGGGAGCUAGUGGAUCAAUUCCAUUUUGCGGAACAUCCAGUGGCGUUCUCGUCACGGUCGGAAAGGUCAAGGUCCGUUCGUAUUUCUACGUGUUACCUAGAGUGGAACACGAGGUGCUUCUGGGAAGGGCAUUCCUAUGUCGAUCGGAGAGCAUUAUCAUUAACAAGCAUGAUGGAACCAUGUUUGUAAUCCUUUGUGAUCUUGUCUACGGUUAUUACGAAGUGGUCAAGUGUGCGAACACUGGACACUAUUGCUCGCGGAACCGGUUGAACCCGGAAUCUUAUACCUUCUCGGAGUCAGAAAAGUUGAGGAGGGAGAAGAAAUCGUUAGGGGAGGAGCCGAAUGCUCGUGAGUUCUCACUGACCCUGCCUGAUAUUUGGCAGUCAAUCGAUUUCGUGUCAGCACAUGCGGCGAUUGAUCCGAAUGUGGUGCAGGCAUUGACGGAGAUCAUCACGGACACCGGAAGCGCAGAAACUAUGCGCCUUGUUUACUCCCCGUCGGAGGGGAAUAAGGGAGAAGAUCAGGAGUUGCCCUCCACUCGACAGGGUCCUUUUUUAGAGGACGCAGGCUUGACACCGGCGCCAAACGUAAGUACAAGAAAGUUUGCCGCCAGAGUGGAGCACUUGCGAAAGCUUGUGCGCAAAGGCCAAAAGUGGGAAUGGGGUCCGAAGCAGCAAGCGGCCGUGGAAGACAUAAAGACUGAGUUCCGUGAGGGCGGAUUGAUCCUUGGAGUUCCUUUUUUUGACGAUGAUGAAAAGCGCCCUUUUGUUAUUGAGACUGAUGCGGGGCCCACAGCCCUAGGAGGGGUCUUAAUUCAGAAGGAUGAUGAGGGGCAGGAAAGACCUCUCAGAUUCGAGAGCAGGACUCUGAAUGCUGCUGAGAGGAACUAUUCCCAAUUCAAGAAGGAAACCUUGGUUGUGCUUCACUGUUUCCGUAUCUUUCGGAACUAUGUGUUCGGUAGACGCUUCAUCCUGCAGGUGGAUCCGACUGCAUUGGCUCAAUCCUUAAGGAAUUAUUCACCUGUUGAUCCCACCAUUGCGCGAUGGUUGACUUAUAUUUUGAUGUUUGACUUUGAAAUCGUGCGGAUUUCGGGGAGUCAGAAUCGCGCUGAUGGGUUGAGUCGGGUUGAAUGGGACCCAGAGGCGGAUCGGGCAGAAGAAUCAGUUCCAGUCGAUGCCUUUCUGAAGGAAGAGGAUUCACGAUUGAGUAUUAACACUCUUGCCUACCUGACUGAUGCAGCCACUCGGUAUGGGAAAUUGAUAUGGAAUGCUCCUGCCUUUCACGAGGUACGUUCAGAACUCGUGGUGGAGGAACCUUUCAUUGAGAAGGACCCAUGGGGUGAGGAGACCGCAGAGGAAAUGAUGAGGCUGGCUUUGACUGAUGACAUCGACCUUAUGCUUGAUCCGCUAACGAUUGAACAGGGCAAUAUGCAGGCUGAUGACGUUUUCGAGGCCGUUGGAAGGAUGUCAUUUAUUAUGAAUUUGUUGGUUCACGAGGAUCGUCUGAGGUUAAUGAAUGCGGAGGAAGGAGGCAGUGAGGUCAAAGAGGCACUCAAGGAAAAGGAGUACGAAGGGGAAUAUAAGAAGAUAGGCAUGUGGUUGAAUGGGGAAUUGAACGAAAGUGAGGUUGAUCCGGUCGUGCGAGAGAAAAACAAAGGAUUCGUUGUUCAUGAUGGUCAUCUCUUUAAGAAAGUUGCUGAUGGUGUCCCAAAGAGGGUAGUAUGCGGAACCUCUCGACAGUUGGAUUUGAUCGCUGCCUUGCAUGAUGGGGUAGCCGGCGGACACAGAUCUGCGCGGGUAACUUUGAACAAGAUCCAACGUCUUUAUUUUUGGGAAGGGAUGAGCAAGAUGGUGAUUGACUUUUGUAAAUCUUGUUUCCCUUGCCAGCAGAGGUCUAACAUCCGCUACCUCGAGCCCCUGAAUCCACGUUAUGUGGCAGAACCAGGUGCGGUGGUGCAUUUGAAUCUUUUGGUAAUGCCACCUGGGAUAAACGGAUAUAGAUACAUCUUUGAUGCACGAGACAAUUUGACUGGGUUCGUCGAUGGUCGUGUCAUUCGCGAACGUACUGGAUCAGUCUUGACGGAGUGCAUUGAGGAAUAUUACCUCCGUUACCCAUUUGUUCAAGAGAUUGUUAUGGAUAGAGGAGGCGAGUUUCGAGCAAAGGAGGUGCAAACGCUUUUGAAAAGGCUUGGGUUCUACUCCGUUUACGACGGACUAAUCAAGAUCGAAAACACUAGAAUCGGAGGGAAGGUGGUGAGGCUCGAGUGUAAAGCGGGGCUUGACGUCGAGAUGCUAUCUUGAACGGAUUACACCACUCCUCGACGCAUUCAAAAGACAUGAAGGAGAUAAAUCGUGCAUGACAAU